AACGACCACCAUUCUUUCAGACUUGAACACGCGUAUCCCACCCCUCAUUUUGAUUCUUCUUUUACAAACCCUAAUCUUCUUCGACGAAGCUUCGUUUUUACAAACCCUAAUCUUCUUCAACGAAGCUUCGUUCUCGCUUUAAUUCUUCUAAUAAAAGGUAAGAGCAAUAUGGAGAUAUCAGACGAUGAAAAUGACGGUAGGUUGCCGUUAGAUUUUGAUAUGAAUGAAUCUAUUCAUGAAGGUCUUGACAAUGCUAAGGUUGACGAGCCAGAGAGAACGGAAAUCGAUGAAGAAACUUUUAGAGGGUGGGACAUGUUACAGUUAUUUGAAAACAAGGUCGAACUUGGUCGUGACGAUCUUGAUAAAGAAGAUGCUUUGAAAAACAAACAAGAAGAUACAAAACCGACAUUAAUGUGGAAAGUAUGGGAAGACGAGAAUGAGAAAUGGCUUGACCAUCAUAGGCCAGAGAAUAUUAAUUCAGAACAUUCGGAUGCGACAGCUGAUCCAUCACCAGAUUUUGUUAUGACGCUUUUACGGUACCAAAAAGAAUGGUUAGCAUGGGGAUUAAAGCAAGAAGAAUCUGCUUCACGAGGUGGAAUUCUUGCCGAUGAAAUGGGAAUGGGGAAGACCGUGCAAGCUAUCGCUCUUGUACUCGCUAAACGAGCACUUUGUCGUGAACUUGAUGAACCCCGUGUCAAGACAACCCUUGUGAUAUGCCCAUUGAUAGCUGUCAUGCAAUGGGUUGAUGAGAUUGAUCGAUGCACCACAAAAGGAAGCAACAAAGUACUGGCGUAUCAUGGGCCCAACAGGGGGAAAACGCUUAUUGAAUUCUCUACGUAUGAUUUUGUCAUAACUACCUAUUCUAUUGUGGAGAGUGAAUAUCGGAAAAAUUUCAUGCCACCAAAAGAAAGUUGUGAGAAGUGCGGGAAAAAGUUUUACGCAAACUCACUAAAAAUUCACGUUGCACGUUUUUGUAACGGUAUUAAAACUGUGAAGCAAUCAAAACAGUCCAAAACUGCUAAAGUGGAUGAUAAGAACAAUAAAAAGGGUUUGAGUACUUUUUUGCAUUCUGUAAAAUGGACUCGCAUAAUUUUGGAUGAGGCUCAUUACAUAAAAGAUAAAUAUGGUAGUACUGCACGCGCUGUUUUUGCUUUAGAAUCUUCCUAUAGAUGGGCUUUGAGUGGGACCCCUUUACAGAAUCAUGUUGGAGAACUCUACUCGCUCGUUCACUUCUUACAAAUAACUCCUUAUUCUUAUCACUUCUGUCGCGACUGUGAUUGUAAAGUUCUUGAACAUACUAAAGAUUUUUCAUGUCCACACUGUCCUCAUUCAUCAAAUAGACACUUCAGUUGGUGGAACAAAUAUAUCGCUCUUCCCAUUGCACGUAAUGAUGGUAGUGGAAGAGUUAGAGGUACGCAUUUGCUAAAAGAUAAGGUUUUGAAAUGCAUAAUGUUAAGGCGUACUAAGAAGGGCCGAGCAGCUGAUCUUACACUCCCCCCUAGAAUAAUUUCCGUGAGGCGUGACUAUCUUGAUAGUACAGAGAAGGACUAUUAUAUGUCACUCAAGAAGGAUAGUCAGGGGCAAGUUAAUAGAUAUGUUGAAGAGGGGACAUUGAUGAGCAACUAUGGACAUAUCUUUAGCCUCCUAACACGCCUGCGACAGGCAGCUGAUCAUCCUUAUCUUGUGAUGUACUCCAAAUAUGCUGUUGGAAGGACAAGCAACAGCAAAUAUAGUGAUGAACGAUUUUGCGGUUUAUGUCAUGACGCAACAGAAGACCCUGUGGUCACAUCAUGUGAGCAUCUCUUCUGUAAGUCAUGCCUGACUGAAUUUUCCGCUAGCUUUGGUCAACCUGCAUGCCCUUCGUGUUCAAAACCACUCACGAUUGACUUUAGUGAAAGUCAUAAUGAUCAAGAAAUUCAGAAGGCUAAAUCAAGUUUGAAAGGAUUUAAACCAUCUAGUAUUUUAAACCGAAUCCGUCUUGAGAAUUUCCAGACAAGCACAAAAAUCGACGCUUUGAAGGAAGAAAUCAGAUGUAUGUUUGAAAGAGACGGUUCUGCUAAAGGAAUUGUAUUCAGCCAGUUCACAACAUUUCUUGAUCUAAUACACUAUUCUUUGCAGAAGAGUGGUGUGAAAUGUGUUCAGUUAGAUGGAUCCAUGACUUUGGAUGCAAGAGAAGCUGCGAUUACGAGAUUUAUCAAUGACGGAGACUGCAGAAUCUUCUUGAUGAGCUUGAAAGCAGGUGGUGUUGCUCUAAAUCUCACAGUUGCCUCACAUGUAUUCUUGAUGGACCCGUGGUGGAACCCCGCUGUGGAGCAGCAAGCCCAAGAUCGAGUCUAUCGUAUCGGUCAAUACAAACCAAUCAGGGUUGUGAAGUUUGUAAUAGAAGACACAAUUGAGAAGGAUAUUCUGGAAAUGCAGGAGAAGAGGAAAUUGGGGUUUGAGGGGACUGUUGGUGGCCGUAAUGAAGCUCUGGAAAAGCUAAGCCAUAAUGACUUGAUGCAACUUUUUUUGCAUGUAUAGGGAGGUAUAAAUAGUUUGUCUUCUUAACAUGUAUAUUGUUCAUGUUAAAGUGUAUUUUCGGUAUUUGAUAUAACAAGGUAUUUGUUUUAAAUACCAAAAGGACACUUGUAACCCGAAAUCACAUAUGACCAUUGCUUUUCGAACUUUUGUGUGGUUUUAGGUAAACAGGCAUAUUGCUCUUUACAUUCUUCUUAGCAUGCGGCCCGGUUUCUGUUGGUUUUAAACUUUUAAUUCUUAGAACGCGAUAUUCUUUGUGAAACUCCAUGACACAGUUGUUAGUUUUCAUCAUCUGGUUCUAGUGGUCAUCUUGAUGCAAUACUUUUGUAUGACUUACUAAGAUUCUAAGCUACUUUUGAAAUGGUUACUGUC